CUUCCGGUUGUAAACGCUGCCUCAAUUCAAUCAAGAAAUUGAGAUCAACAGUUCGAAAAAAUGGCGUCUACAGCGAGGCCAUUUCAUGAUAUGUACGACAUAAAGGAGGAACUAGGUAGAGGAGCUUUUAGUAUAGUUCGCAAAUGUGUUCUGAAGGAAGGAAAAGUCGAAUUUGCGGUGAAAAUUCUCGACACGCGUAAGAUGACCUCUCGAGACACCCAGAAAGUUGAACGAGAAGCGCGCAUUUGCCGAGCACUGAAGCACCCGAAUAUCGUCCGCCUGCACUCCAGUGUUAUGGAAGAAGGUUUUUAUUACUUGGUGUUCGAUCUAGUUACUGGUGGUGAACUAUUCGAGGAGAUAGUAGCUCGGGAAUAUUACAGCGAGGCAGACGCUUCACACUGUAUUCAGCAAGUGCUACAUAGUAUACAGCACUGUCAUGAGCAUAACAUUGUACACAGAGACUUAAAACCGGAAAAUCUUCUCCUCUCUAGCAAAGAAAAAACAGCUCAUUGUAAACUGGCGGAUUUUGGACUGGCGAUCGAGGUUGACAAUGAUAAAUUGGGGUGGUUUGGUUUCGCUGGAACGCCAGGCUAUUUGUCGCCCGAAGUUCUGAAGAAAGAGCCAUAUAACAAAGCCGUGGAUUUGUGGGCCUGUGGUGUUAUUCUCUACAUCCUUUUGGUUGGCUACCCACCGUUUUGGGACGAAGAUCAACAGAAGUUAUACGCUCAAAUCAAGGCUGGGGCUUACGACGUAAGUAAACAAAUGUUGGUGUAUUUUGUUUUUGUUCGAGGGUAAUCGAUAUAUGAGCUUUAGCUUGUUAGCACAGACGGUUUCGAAUGCCUCGUACUUAUCAAGAAUCUUCGCCGAUGUUUUUCAGCUCCAUGCAGAGAAAAUGAUCUUAAAGAUGUAUUUAAAUUUUCUGUUUGAGAACGACUUAGCGACUGAAUGAAGAACGCGACUUUUGUUUGUACUGAAGAUAAAUGACAUUCACCGUUUAUUUUUUUGCCGCCUUCAUUUUCCGGAUCGAUUUCUUCGCUGAAAUUCCUCCCACCAAAAAGAAUUUUAUUUUUUGUUCGGUUUCUCUAAUGAUACUUUCUUCGCCGUAGAGUGUAAUGGGCAUCAACAGAGUAAAUUGUUUUGUGAGAUUCAUCUAUUCGUUGCCGUAAUUAACGAGGUAUUGUUCCUCGCAUCCAUAAAACACCUGGCCCGGUCAGAAAGAAGUAAAUUUUAGAAAAAUAUCAUGUAUAUUUACCAGACAAUCGAAGCCGUGGGGAAUAUUGAGGAUUGAUUUUACGAGUCGGGAUUUUAGAACGAAGGUCAUGAUUGAUUUACCGAGAUAAAGCUUUGUUUUUUGUUGAGAAACCCUUCCAAAGCUAGACAAAACCACUGAAAAUUUACAAAAAGCCACAACAGUAACGAAGAAAGUAAUAAAAAUGAAUCUAUAUGUCGUUGACGCGGCUUCAGCGCUAUUAAUUUGAAUUUUCAAGUCAGGAUGAAUUCAAUAUUGUGUUAAUUUUGAUUGAUGUAGGUCGAUAUACAUGACAGGUUCUUAAAAUAUAAUAUAUCUUUGAAUCAGUGAUGAAUAAUAUUAUCUUGAGUACCCGCAACAAGAUUUUCUGUUGCUAAAUUUUCUUUUUGUCAUGGAGAGCAAACUAUUAAUGAGCUUCCAUAUUGCAAUUGGCGAUAGUGUUAUAUUGUAACCUGUUAGUAACGGAGCUAUCAUAACACUUAGAAGAAUUUUACCAAGUUAUUUUAAUAAAGUCAUUCAUAUUUUGCCCAAAAUACAAUGAUCUCAUUUUUGCUUUUCCACUGACUGCAUCAUAUUUUUGUGCAUUUUAUUGGCAACUGCUGACAGAAAACUUUGUAAACCAGUGAUAACAGCGUUUUUUUUCAACAAAAAGUUAAUGGAACUUAUUAAAAUUAUUUUGGUCAGUAUACCCUAAUGGGUGGGGAAAUAUUGGAUGAAUAUUUGUCUUUGCAGUUAUGGUUUCCUCCUCAAUUGUCAAAUUAUGAUUGUUGUUUGGUAAGUGGUUUUCAUCAUGAAAAUCAUUAUCAUUUAAAAAGUGUGAGGAAAUGUGUCUUGAGCCCAAUCUUAGCAUAUAUGUCAUCAAAUGUAAAUUCAUCUGUGCUCAAAAGUAAUUGUGUCUGAGUUUAAACGUUUGAUACCACUAUGCGCGAAUUAAUGACCAAUCAUUUUGAUCUCAGUGUUACUGCAAUCUCCAUCAGUGCAACUGAUCAUGAUGACGUAAACUUUGCAUAAAUUAGUCAUGUACCUCAUUCAAAUGAGUCAUAUAAUAACAAUGUAACAUGCACAAAAGAAAUGUACCAGAUGUGGGUUGAGUUUAUGAAAUUAUGAAUAUAUGAAAAUCAUAUACCGGUAAUAAUGUGAACUGCAGAGUGAAAAAUUAUUUGAAGGACGAUCAUCGCAGUUAUAUACGCAACUUACUGGUAAGCAGUUGCGAAAAGAAACCCUGAAAAAAAAUUCAGGCAACAUGUAGUCCGGGAAAAGAAGGAAAAGCCUGAAAAAUUUGGCAGAGCGCUACACUGAGGUCAAGGGUUUGAAUCCCGUACAAGCCUGAAUUUUUUUGCAGGCUUUCUUUUCGCAACUGCAUAAGUUGCGUAUAUAACUGCGAUGAUCUUCCUUCAAACAAUUCUUCACUCUGCAGUUCACAUAAUGAUUUGCAUAUAUUCAUAAUUUCAUCAGCAUCCUUUCACAGGUUUAUAACGAACCAGUUUAACAACUUUCUCCCACUUGGCUUGUUAGCUUAACUGGUAGAGCACUGCACCAGUAUCGCAGAGGUCAAGGGUUCGAAUCCCGUACAAGCCUGAAUUUUUUUUCAGGCUUUCUUUUCGCAACUGCAUAAGUUGUGUAUAUAACUGCGAUGAUCAUCCUUCAAAUAAUUCUUCACUGCGCAGUUCACAUAUAUGAUUUUCAUUCAUUAUUUCAUCAGCAUCCUGUCACAGGCUUAUAACGAACCAAUUCAACGACCUGUCCCUUAUUGAUAGAGCGCUACACGGGUAUCGCAGAGGUCAAGGGUUCAAAUCCCGUACAAGUCUGAAUUUUUUUUUUCAGGCUUUCUUUUCUCAAUUGCGUAAGUUGCGUAUAAAACUGCGAUGAUCUUCCUUCAAAUAAUUAGUGGGUUGAGUUUGUUUUUGGUUCUCUCCUUUGCUCCUAGAGGUUUUUUUUCAUGUAUCUGGGUUUUCCCGGUUUUCUCCUCUCCUCAAAAACCGUCAUUUCCAAAUUCCUAUUCAACCAGGUAUCAGGUAGACAAAGUGGAUGUGCCAUUUCUAAACCAUUAUUAUUAAUUUAUAUAUUUUAUUUAUUUACCUCCCUUCCCUUGGUCCUGUUCCCCACCUCCUUCCUAUUCACUGAGGCCCUGUUGGGGCAAAAUUCCGACAAGCGACAUGGACUUAAAACAGUGACUUAGGACUACAGAUGAACCUCUCUACAAUGGCCACCUUAGAGACAGAAGGAAGUGGCCGCUGUAGAGAGGUUUUAAACAAGAGUCAUCUGUCUGCUGGGACAAAGAAAGUGACAGUCGUAGAGAGGUAGCCGUUAGCGGGGGUUUGACUGUAGAUGAAAUGGCGACAAAUGACAUAUAGAUGGGUGUGCUUCAAUUUUUAUUUCCCAUUGCUGUCACACUCAUCACCAUACAUCACCAAACCCAAAAGAAAGGAAAAUAUAAUUUAAACCUGGGACGAAAUUGAACCAUAACAGCUUCAUAUUCCCAACUUAGCCUGAAAAUGUUUUUGGUAAUAGUGGGUAUCUACUGAGAAGUGAAUGUUUGUAAAAAUUGAGUCUGUCAUCUUCAGUUUUAACUGAAAAGAUUAAAUUUUUUACUUCAAAAUACGUGAAAAGUUUUUUUUUCAUCAUGUUCACAGUUCCCAUCUCCAGAAUGGGAUAGUGUGACAGAGGAAGCAAAACUUCUGAUCAAGAAAAUGCUGACAGUGGAUCAAAGUAAGAGGAUCAAUGCAGCGGAAGCUCUCAGACAUCCUUGGAUUUUGGUAUGUUGUUGCUAAGUAAUCACUAGUCUUUAGAGAUCUUUAGAGAUAGUUGAAAUCUUGGGUGAUGGUGAGACCGGUGAUGGUGAGACCGGUGAUGGUGAGACCGCUUCCGGAAAACAAAGAACCUGUCCUUACGAUGAUCUUUUUAAAGCUUUUCUGCUCCUUGGGAAAUUUCAUCUGGUUUUCGUUUAGACUUUUCUAGACCUUUAGUGUAAUAUACCGGUACAUUUGAGGUGAAAUGAAACACAGAGGGAAUUAUCUUUUCUGAUUUUAUGGCGCUCUUAACGGCGUUGUUGAAUUUUUACAAACAGCGAACGAGUCCACGUCGAAGUGAAAAAACAGCGUGCAAGAUUAAAACGUCUGUUCAGUACAUUUUCACUUGAUGCAUGCCUUGACAAAAUUCUGACCGACUUAUGGUCGGGAUCAUCUUCUUCACUCUUUCAUGUAAGCAACAGACCAACCUUCUUUUGGUUUACCGGCAUAAUAAACCCGUCCGGGGAUGCUUUAUAAAAGUUUCAGCCGUUUGAGUCCUUGCAAAACCGCGCAGGUAAGGACGCCUGGGGAUAGUAAGGUGGUUUCACUGCGGACGGACCGCUCGCGUUACUUGCGUGGGUCCAGAUGUUCGAACGCCGAUUAGCGCUAUAAACCCAGGGUUAAAUUUUAACCCGAGUUUCUUUUUCUUUUGUUCAAAAGCAUUUUCCCAGACAAUUUUCUCUCUUCUUUUUAGAGCAUCCAAUCAUCAAAUUGUAGGCAAAAAGAAUAAAACUGAAUUUGCUUCUCAAACUUUUAUACCUGAAAUCAAAUUUCGCACAAACCCUGGGUUAACUUAACCCUGCUUUGAAUGUGCGUGUACUUAUGUGUGUCGUCAGUUACGACUUAUGACCAGUCAAAACAGAGGUAAAGACAACCCAGUAAGCCACACAAUCGCAAACUACUAAGUUCAUGACUUACCGUUGUUUGCGGUUUAGUUUUCUCAUGUCUCAUUUGGCUUUUUCCUUUCAGCGCAGUAACAUUACAGAAAUAUUUAUGAUGUUCACGGUUUUCUGGGUUUCACAGUAAUGUCAAAGCCAGCAAUUUUGCUGAAUCGAAGUGCGGUUUGUUAGAUCAUCAGGUUAUUUUAAGUUACAUCUUUGGCGCUAAAAAUGUCUAAGCCAAUCGGAGCAAAAAGGAUUUUCGGAUCAUUACACGUUUCUGGGAAACUUCCCACCUACCCCUCCCCUAAGCUAACAUUUUGCCCUAGGUGAGAAGUAAGUGUUAAUGUUGGCUUAGGGGAGGGGUAGGUGGGAAGUUUCCCAGAAACGUAUAAUGAGGGAAUUUCCAGCUAUAGCUAAUGAGAUAAGGGAUUGACCAGUAGAACACUUAUAGCAGUGGAGCGGGGGGGGGGAGAUGGGCGAAGUACCAAAAAAAUAUUCGCAGAAAGGAAAAUUAAAGGAAAAAAGUCAUUUAACGCCAAAUAACCCUAAAUAAUAUUCAUGUUAAGGCCUUUAAGAGAAUUCAUGCAAAGGAAACGUUUUCGAAAAAAAUUCGUGCGGCUCGAAAAUUCCCCACCCUCCCCAUAUUAAACUUUUCUAAUGGUGCGUCCUUAAGCUUAGUUUCAAGCGAAGGAAAUACUACGGAGUCUAUGGUAUAUAGUAGAUAAAACUGCCGGAAUAUUUCGUGCGAAUGUUCGUGAGCAGAGCAGGUAAAACUGUGAGACUGACUUUAUGUCCUUGUCCUAAAGUUCUUGGUAGUACCCGAUGGACGCUCUUCGAUGAAUUCUGAUUUACGGAAGAAACACCUUGUAAAUGACCAUCUUAAUUACCUUAUCCAACCGUGGUAAAAGUAUUGAAAAUAAUAAAACGUUGCUUGGCGUCCUUAGGGACAAAUGUAUAAAAUUGAAACCCGCGAUAAACAGUAAUAAAGCAGAUACUAUUAACAUAGAAGAUCUUAUGACAUAACAAAGACAAAAAUACUGUAAGUUGUCUUUUAUCCUGUUUGUAAUCAAUCAGUGUCUUGGUUAGUUAUUCCAGGUACGUUGUUAUCGACACGAUUCUUCAACCGUCCAGUCCUCUCUUGUUCCCAUUCAUUCGAUGUUCGCACUGCUUACAUUGAAAAAUAAGAAGAAUACAAUAACCAUGAGAUAAGAGAUCUGCAUUUUUAGACAAGAUCUCUGCUUAAUAUUGCUUUGUGGUCGUAAAAUUCACAACAGUUAUUUUCCUGUCUCACAAUUUACAUACUGUACUGAACUAGAAAAAUUCGUAAGUUUUUUGUAUUUAAAAUUCAGGUAUCUCAAGGAGAUUUUUCGAAGAUGUUGGCAAUUUAACUCUUCUUUCCACUUCUCCUGAUCUGCCUCUUAAAAUGAAACAAGCCAAAUAUUGCACGUUCUUUAGUUUUUCUUAGUGAGUUUGAAUUACCGCCUUCUUGAAUUUUGUCGCUAAUUGUGCAGAGUGCUUCGUGGCCGCGAGAUUGACUCACUGUCGUCCAUUGUUUACGCACCUGCUUCGAAAACAAAAUCGCUUUUCUAAAAAAAACUUGAUUUCCUUCCUUUUUGCUUGUAUCAGUGCUCUGCGGUGACGCUUACAUCUAAGCUGUUUCGAUCUUUCACAACUUAUACGCUUAGUGUUGACACAAAACUUAAAAAUCACGUUAGUUUUUUUUUUUUGUAUUGUCAGUGGUUAUAGAACGCAGUAAUAACACCGUGAUUUAGGUUACUCUCGGCAUUCUUAAGCGCUUGGGAUCCAAACGUAUUAAUUUUCCUUGAAUUUAAUUUUACAGAACCGUGAGCGAAUCGCCUCCAAAGUUCAUCGUCAAACCACCCUCGAUGGACUAAGAAAGUUUAACGCGCGACGUAAACUCAAGGGCGCCAUUCUGACCACACUGUUAGCGACGCAUAAUUUCAGUGGCUCUAGGAAGAAGAAAGAAUCAGAUGAAGAUGUGAUGGCGACGCAUCCCGAAGAAACAAAUGGCUCUUCUCAAAAUGCGGCGCAACCGCCCUGGAAGGUUCAGAAAGAGCAAGAGAUCAUCCGAUUGACACAGCAGCUGAUUACGAGCAUCACCACCUUAGAUUUUGACACCUACAACAAGCUCGUCGACUCGCAUGUGACAGCGUUUGAGCCCGAAGCGAAUGGAAAUCUCGUCGAAGGCGUCGAGUUUCACAAGUUUUACUUCGAUAACGUCUUGCGGCAACGCAACGCCCCUACGAAUACCACUAUUCUGUCGCCGCACGUGCACAUCCUUAGCAGCGACGCGGCGUGCAUUUCCUACGUGCGUUUGACGCAACGCAUUGGAAGCAACGGAGAGUCGGUGACAGAUCAAUCAGAGGAGACUAGAGUAUGGCAGCUAAAGAAUGGCCAUUGGGUAAAUGUUCACGUUCAUAGGUCUAGUUCUGGAAAAGGACGUUAGAAUUACAACUCAGUCGUAUCUAAUUUACGAACUUUAUUACAUAUUAUGAAUUAACACACGAAUUAGGAUGUGUUCUUCAAUCUAUUUACAGGCAGAGUGGUUUAAAAUUUAAGUUGUCAAAAUUAGUACUUCGGUAUAGCGCGGUCUUCUUACCACGAGAAAUUUCAACUCGCCUUUUACCAAAAACCACUAAUAAAUUACUGCUAAAAGAUUUAAUUAUAUUGCUUGUUGCCAUCUCUAUAGCAAGCAAGAAUAUUUUGUCAUAAAUUAAGGUUCUCAUGGAAUUCUAUAUAGAUUUAUUGUUCCAUAUUAGCACCAAAAUUUCAAUUAUAUUUUAAUCUGAAUCUCUCUGCUUAUUUUUAAAUUGGUAGGCUUAUUCAGCCGAACUGGAAUGACUUUCACUGUAAGUUAUCUUGAAAUAUAAAUUAUUUAUUUCUAGGCCAAUAGUCUAUCUUAAAUUAAAUUUGCCAGUCAGUAUGUCAAAUGUGCUUGCCUUUGAUCACAGGGAAUCUAUAUUGAGCUAUUUCAUAGUAAAGUAAUACAAAUUUUGGAGAUCAAAAUGUCAAGAAGUGUGGGCAACGUUAAUAAGAUAUAAACAGUUUGGGAUUUAAAAGCCUUCGAUUAAAGACAGCGAGACAGGCAUGCUAAAAAAAGAUAGAAAAUAUAUUAUUCAUUUAUUUGUUGCGCAAAGACACGCCAAUUUGUCGGCCUUUCUAAAUUACUAGGGCGAUUGGAAAUGGGGAGGAAAAGACUAAGGUUGUCACAAUUGUAAUGGUAUUAAUUGAUAGUUAAAAUUGUGCAUAAAUUAAAUAUUGUUUUGUCGUGUUGCUUAACCGGUUUUGAUCAGACCCUGAACGUAGUGCUUACAUAAAGGUAGCAGUUAGAACGAUACUGUUAUUACUACGUUGACGGCAACGAGAACUUGACAAAAAAAAAAUAGGUUGAUUAGGCAAAACAACAACUUUGCACGUGCGGUCGACUUUUUUCGGACAUUUCUUUGCCCUCACGGCACGACAACGACGUGCAAAUGCCUAAUUUCACGUUUUAUGGAGGACGUAGACAAGUCCCGGAGAAAUUUUCUUUCUGUUUCUGAACUUGGAUAUAUAGUUCCUUAGGAAUUCAAUUCCAGAAGAGUUCGCUUGCAUUUGACAAAAUAAGCGAGUUGGAAUAAUCGCGAUAGCCCUCGCCGUCGUGGUAUCUUAACCUUCCUUGUAUCUCUGCGUGCACAACUUCGCCACCAUUAAGGUGGCUCCGUUAUGAAUAAAGGCGCGUGGAGGUAUGACGAACUUUUCUUCAUUACUUUUUGGUUUUAACGCGAUGG